AUGGUAAAAUGGAUCCCUGGUUCCGAGGAUCUAUUUAUGGCUUCUUUUCGCGAUGGAUCCGUCAUGAUUUUUGACAAGGAUCGAGAUGAUCAACCUUUUACACCUUCCGCACCGAGAUCGUGGGCCGAAGAGCAAUUUCAGGUGACCACCCCUCACAAGCAUCCGAAACAUAAUCCUGUAUCGCAUUGGCGUGUCAGUGAAAAAAGUGUUGCAGGUUUUGCCUUUUCUCCCAAUGGCUCGCACGUAGCUAUUGUAGGUGAAGACGGGUUGCUCCGAACCGUGAAUUACUCUGAAGAAAGAUUAUGCGAUGUCUUUGGAGGAUAUUACGGGAAACUACUUUGUGUGGCCUGGAGCCCCGAUAACCAAUAUAUCUUGACUGGCGGACAAGAUGAUCUUGUCACUAUCUGGGCUUUCCGUGAGCAAAAAAUUGUGGCGAGAUGUCAGGGACACAAAUCUUGGGUGACAGGUGUAGCGUUUGAUCCAUGGCAAUGUAAUGAACAAGUGUAUCGGUUUGCCAGUGUAGGCGAGGAUUGUACUCUAAUUCUGUGGGAUUUCUCCGUGAGCGCUCUGCACCGACCAAAGCAGAAUGGAAAAGCAUUGAAUUUGUUCCGUCGACGAUCCACCAUGGGUGGCAAAAAGGCUACGGUGCCUUCCACCCCGGCCGAGGUGGAGAAACCUUACCACGUUCAAUUACCAACCAUUCAUCCUGUUCCGAACAAAACGCAAGUGCCUUAUUUACAACCCAUUACUGUACAAACCGUGCAUGCAGAUCCAUGUGUAGAUAUCCUAUUCCGACAAGAUUGUAUCGUGACGACGGAUCGCCGAGGAAGGCUGAGGAAAUGGGGUCGACCCCAACAAUAA